AUGUUGGCCAUCUUCCAGAAGUCGAUAGGCGAGGCGCCACAGGAGCUGAUGGCGCCGAAGCUGAACCGAUCGGCGUCCAUGUCGGGCCGGCUCGACGCGAAGGAGAUCCUUCACGGCUUCAAGAAGGCGCACCCGGGCGCCGUGCUUAUGCAGUUUGACGAGCAACACGCUAUCGCGUACACGCACGACAUGCAAGACUUUCUCAUGCCCAGGCAAUUUGCAGCAUGCGACGAUGUCUUCUGCGCGUUCGCCGGCAACAUCGAGAACCUCGCGCAGCUGCGACAGCGGUACGGGCUGGACCGGCACGUGAGCGAGGUGAAUCUGAUCAUCGAGGCGUACAAGACGCUGCGCGACCGCCGUCCGUACCCGCCGGACCAAGUCAUCGCGGACCUCGCAGGCGCGUUCGCGUUCGUUCUGUACGACAACAAGGCCAAGACGGUGUUCGUGGCGCAUGACGCGCAAGGCAAGGUGCCCUUGUACUGGGGCAAGUGCCUGGACGACGGAGUGCUCGCCUUCUCCGACGACCCUGCUGUGCUCAAAGCCGGCACCGGCUCCUCCUUCGCCCCCUUCCCUCUCGGCUGCUUCUACUCUUCUGACGGUGGCCUCCGCAGCUUCACAGACCCGGAGAAGCAGCUCAAGGCCAUUCAGCACAUUGACAGCCAGGGGGAGCUGUGUGGUGCCACCUUCAAGGUCGACAGCCAGCAGGAUCUGACUCAGAUGCCUCUAGACUCCAAGGACGACAGUGGACGGGGCUGGUCGUAA